GUUGACAUUUCGAGAUCAGCCCAGCCAGUGUCCCUCCCUCACCAGUCGCCUGGAUAUGACGUCGUUGUGACCCGGAGAAGAGACCGCUGACGAGACACAAAGGAUACAAUGAGUCAGCGCUCGGAGAGACGGGGGAUCCAUGUGGACCAAUCAGAACUGCUGUGUAAGAAAGGCUGUGGUUAUUAUGGCAAUGCUGCCUGGCAGGGCCUGUGCUCCAAGUGCUGGAGGGACGAAUAUCAGAAAGCUCGGCAGAGGCAGAUCCAGGAUGACUGGGCUCUGGCAGAGAAGCUGCAGCGAGAAGAGGAGGCCGCUUAUGUCAGCAGUCAUAGUUCCUCACAGACCCAGCCUCCGCAGUCCCACUCCCAGCACUCUCUCGCCACCUUCUCCAAAUUCGAGGAGAAGAAAACCAACGAGAAAACCCGAAAGGUCACCACUGUAAAGAAGUUCUUCAGCCCCUCCUCACGUACAGCCCCCAAAAAAGUCCCCCCCGAAAAAGAAAGAGAGAAAGAGAAAGAGGAGAAGUUGCCAGGCAGGAGAGAGAGCCAUGGAGAAAACCUCCUGAGGGAUCUGAAGGGCAUUUUUACCCAACCCUGGGAAAUGAGCUCCCCCACUGAAGCUCUGGUAUCGAGACUGAGAGAGAGCCAUGAGGCAAAAACGCCCAGUCCGUCCAUCACCCGUCAGUCCAGCAUCGAGACCGAUCGCGUGUCACGAGACUUUGUGGAGUUCCUCAAGACCUUGCAUAAGCCUGGCAGAGAGAUCCACAAACACAGUCGUGCAUUUAUUGACAGCAUGGGGAAUAAAAAGCAGGAUCUCAGCGCUGAAGAACUGUCUGAAUGUGUGCAAGACUUCUAUCAGGGCAUGUCUGACCGACUCUUGAAUCAUUUUAAAGGCUCCUCUGAGAAAGUGGACAGGGUGAUGGAUCAAGUGGAAAAAUACAUCAUGACUCGACUCUACAAGAGCGUCUUCUGUCCAGAAACCUCAGAUGAUGAGAAAAAAGACCUGGCCACGCAGCACAGGAUUAGAGCCUUACACUGGGUAACCAUUCAGAUGUUGUGUGUUCCUGUGGAAGAGGAGAUUCCAGAAGUCUCUGAUAGUGUAGUCAAAGCCAUCACCGAUAUCAUUGAGAUGGACUCCAAGCGUGUGCCCCGGGAUAAACUGGCGUGCAUCACCAGUUGCAGCAAGCAUAUCUUUAAUGCCAUCAGGGUCACUAAGAACGAGCCAGCUUCUGCAGAUGACUUCCUGCCCACCCUCAUCUAUAUCGUACUGAAGGCAAACCCGCCACGACUGCAGUCCAACAUCCAGUACAUCACACGCUUCUGCAACCCCUCAAGACUCAUGACAGGAGAGGAUGGAUAUUACUUCACCAACCUGUGCUGUGCCGUUGCCUUCAUAGAGAAGCUGGACGCCCAGUCAUUAAAUCUCAGCCCUGAGGAUUUUGAGCGCUACAUGUCAGGCCAGGCUUCUCCUCGAAGGCAAGACGAUCCGGCAGGCUGGCCCCAAAGUGGCUCUCGUGUAAAUCCAGUGCUCACUCAGAUCCAACACAACCUCAGUGUCCUGUCCAGCCUGGAGAAAAGACAGCAGCAGGUCAUCGAGGGGGCGCAGAGCCUGGAGGCGGAGCUGACCGAAUGGCAGGAGAGCGUGGCCCGCGAGGUGCAGGAGAUCCUGGAGCGAUACCCGCUGGACAUCAAACCACGCGCAUCAGCGAUCGAUGCCGAAAACGUGGAGAACGACAGGCUGCCACCUCCACUUCAGCCACAAGUCUUUGCAGGUUAGCGUAGCAUCAUGUUCUGAGACGGGAAAAGCAUGUUUCAAAACGCAACGGCUGCUCUCGAAACAAAAUCUCCGCACUUACCAUUCCAUCUGCUUUAUUUUAAUGCUUAUACAGUCGGCUGUUACGUAUUUUAUGCAAAUGUAUUCUUGUCACAUUUGUGCAGCUGAUCAAAAAAGGGCGAGAGUUCGGGAAGCUAUAAAAUAUUUCUAGUCUAACUUUGAUUUGAUCUACCAUUUUAAAUCUUCAAGAUAGCUGCUAAUACGUCCUCUUAAAUGGAUAGUUCUCACCAAAUUGAGAUGUCGCUGUUCAUUUAGUAAUUCUCAGGCCAUUUAAGAUGUACAAAAGUUGAAAAUUAAAGAUUUGUUUGGUGAAACUGGGGUAUUUGUGGAUUCAGAAAAUGCAAAGCAAUGGUGAUUAGCACUUUGAGAGUCAAAACAAAUACAGACACUAAAAGUAAUAAUGCAAUUGAACAGGUGUCAAAGCCAGUUCCUGGAGGGCCACCGUUCUGCACAGUUUAGUUUCAAUCCUAAUUAAACACAUCUGAUCAAACUAAUUGAGUCCUUCAGGCAUAUUUGAAACCCACAUGUAAGUGUAUUGAAGCAGGGUUGGAAGUAAACUGCAGAGCUGCCGCCCUCCAGGAUCUGAGUUUGACACCUGUGGCUUAGUGUAUUGUCAGAAUCUGCAGUUCUUUUGCCUGUAUAUUACUUUUAUUUGUUUGACUCUCAAAGCUGUAGACUUGCAUUUUCUUUUUUAAUCAUCAUAGUUUCAGAUAAAAAAUAUUUGAAAUCUGAUCUAAUAAAUAAAAAGGUAGCAUCUUUUACAGCCUGAGGGGGAGUGAACAUACAGCAAAUUGGGUUGAACUAUCUUUAAAUAUGAUUACAGUUUUAUUUAUGUGAUCAUAACACCACAUAUCAGCAUCUCUAAUGCACAUUAGUCCUGUUCACUGUAGGGUGUUUCACCUUCCAUGCCUUGUUGUGUGGGAUGUUUGGGUAAAGGAGUGUUCGUAUAUGUAUGUGUAAAAUGUUUUGCUGCUUCUACUGUGUACUUAAAAAAUUUAAAUUUAAACAUCAUCCAAUUUUUGUGCUUUUAAGGGAAUUAAAAGUCUCGGUACGCUCAUUCUUAAACACUUGGUCCCCUAAUUCAGUGUUUCACAACCACGUUCCUGAAGGACCACCAACACUGCAUGUUUUGGAUGUCUCCUUUGUCACAUCCAGUACAGGUCUUUCAGUCUCUGCUGAUGAUCUGGAUCAGGUGUGUUUGGUGAAGGAGACAUGGAAAAUGUGCUGGUGGUCCUCCAGGAACAUGGUUGAGAAACACUUACAUGAUUGGGGGAAUGCAGAAGUUUUAGCAACAAACACUAUAUUUACAAAGACAUUUCUUUAUUUGCGGAUGAAAAUGUAGGUGGAUUUGCUCGGUUAAAUUCAUCUAGUGAUUUUGUUGUACAUAGUCCUUCUUCCUGAAGAUGCAAAUGACUUUGUUUUGCUUUUUGAUGUUUUUAGCGUUACAUAAAACAAACUCAAAAUGUGAUUCAGCUUAUUUUGAAUACUGUCCCAGCUGUAAUUGUAACAGGUACUUGGCAAAACACUAUAUUCAUGUGGAAAAUAAUGGCUUUCACUCACAGUAAUGAUAAUGAUUGAUGUCUGUGUGUGAUAUUUUAACUGAACUGCAUUAUUUAUAAUGUAAAUAAAAAUUGAGGUGUGUCAUUUU